AUGCGCUGUCGCCUGCACUGCGUGCUGUUUUUGGGGCUGUUCACGUGGACAACAUCCCAGAACACCUCAGAUGAGACCAACGACAGCAAUGACAGCAACGACAGCAACACCACCGACAAUGCGACUCUUGAGGAUGGCAGCCUCGGCGUCUCGGUGACCUGCUACCCGGAGGAAGACAUCCUCCUCGGGAACCCGGCGACAUGUGUGCUGAAAGGGGACCUGACGCCUGUGCAAGACUGGGACAAGCUCUCUUUUGGCAUGCUGCAGACGGAGGUUCUGUGCAGAGACUAUGACGAAAUCGCACCCUGCAACGUCUCUGAUGAUGUCGUCGUCUACGAGAAUGGUUGGCCGGUGCACAUAGACGUGGUGGAGUCCUUCCGAAAUGGGGGUCCGGGUGACUGGGUGCAGCUGGUGGCCCUGGGAAUGGCUGCAUGGUGGGCGGUGGGCCUGAUAGUGGGGCUUGGUGCUUGCUACCGCUGGUGGGACCUGGACCCGCCUGCCUCGCGCGAUGCCCUGCUGCAAGGCUUGCUGCGGCAGCUCGUUGCCAUGUCUUUGGGCAUUCUCUGGUACCUCAGCGCUUGGGGCUCCCCUCGCCGAGGCGGCUGGUUCUACGCGCCAUACUGUCCCAACUCGGAGCACAAGGAGAUGUUUCGCUUGGGCUUCUCGUUCUGGUGCUUCGCGAAUUCUGGGCUCACGCACGCGAUACUUUGCAUGGGUGGGGCGGUUUUUCACACCAUCUUCAUCCUGCGAUCUCUGUACCCGGAGAACAUCAUCUUCCUCCCGAGCUCUGAGGUGCCAAAGUUUUUGGAGACGGUGCUGGAAGCAAGCCCGGUGUGCAACAGCCUGCACUACGAGGAGGCGGAUGUCGCGUUCACCUGGGAGAACGGCCGAACGGAUGAUCUCCGGCUGAAGAGCUGGAAGCAGGAGCUUUGCAAGAGAAGCAAUAACUGCCUCACCCUGGAGAUCCACAUCCGCCCAGCAGACACUUUCUCUACAGGUUCGAUCCAGUCAUUGGGCUACGCCUUCUACCUGCGCCUGAAGGACAUGCGGCCAAUCAAGGAGGGGUCCGUGCAGGUGUACCAGGCGCUGGUCCGUUCCAGCUGGCUCUUUCGAAGCCGGGCGGGCGUUGGGAUCUUCUUGGAACGCUUUGUGACGAACCUGCUCAUGCUGGGUUUGGCGCACGAAGCCUACUUCCAACAUUUCGGCGUCGAUUCUGCUUGCCUCCGCCUGGAGAAGCGCGAGUUGGAGAAACUCUGUGGCGAUGUCCGGCUGCAGCAAGAAUGCGUCUGA